UAGCAUUGCGUGUUCCAAUCGAGGUGGCGUAGAAAUGUGGUAAGAGUGAUUUAAAAGCUUUUGCUUCUCCGCUUCCAGGUUGCAAAUGGGCCCCUUGCGACGUCUUCCCGUCCUCUCCAACUGCUCGCAUUCGCCGUUCCUUGUCCCCAAUUCGAGAUCACCGUCAUCGUUCGUCGCAAAAGAUUUCGUUAGAAUGGCUACCCAGGCUGCUUUUAAAGUCCCGAAGGUGUCGAAUGAGCCAAAUAAACACUAUGCAAAAGGCUCAGAAGACAGGCAAAAGCUUGCGGAUGCUGUUGCAGCCUUGAAAAGCAAAGCGCCUUUAGAAGUACCCCUCGUAGUUGGUGGGAAAGAGAUCAGAGGCUCCUCCAUCCUUACACAGCAAGACCCUUCGUCCCAUGCCACAACCAUAGCGUCGUACUCCAAUGCGACUGCUGCCGAAGUCAACGCCGCGAUAGAGUCUGCAUUGAAGGCAAAGGAAUCAUGGGAGCUUCUGCCGUUCAGUGACCGCGCCGCGGUGUUCCUCAAGGCUGCGGACUUGAUAAGCACGAAAUAUCGCUAUGAUAUCAUGGCAGCGACCAUGGUUGGUCAAGGCAAGAACGCAUGGCAGGCUGAGAUCGACGCGGCAGCUGAGCUGUGUGACUUCUUCCGAUUCAAUGUGCAAUAUGCGGAGGAACUGUAUUCCCAGCAGCCAGCCCACAAUUCUCCGGGUGUGUGGAACAGAGUAGAAUACAGACCUUUGGAAGGCUUCGUGUACGCCAUCACGCCGUUCAACUUCACCGCUAUCGCAGGCAAUCUGCCCGGUGCACCCGCACUGAUGGGCAAUGUUGUCAUUUGGAAGCCUUCUCCCUCCGCAAUCGCCUCAAACUGGCUUGUCUACAACAUUCUGGUUGAGGCGGGUUUGCCGAAGGACGUGAUUCAAUUUGUGCCUGGUGAUGCGGAAGAGGUCACAAAAGCUGUGUUGGCGCACAAACAAUUCGCAGCACUACACUACACCGGUUCGACAGCGGUUUUCCGAAAGUUGUACGGACAAAUUGCCCUCGGAGUUGCAGAUGGCAAGUACCUUGGGUACCCACGUAUUGUGGGCGAGACUGGAGGCAAGAACUUCCAUCUUAUCCAUUCAUCCGCCGACGUCACAAAUGCGGUGGUGCAGACCGUACGCGGCGCAUUCGAGUAUCAAGGUCAGAAAUGCUCUGCGACCUCAAGAACAUACGUGCCCAAAUCACUGUGGCCUCAAUUCAAGGAAAAACUGGUAACUGCGACAAAAGCCCUAAAGGUUGGCCCGCCAGACCAGUUCGACAACUUCAUUGGACCUGUCAUCCACAAAGCGUCAUUCGACAAGCUAAGCAAGGUCAUUGACGAUGCCAAGAACGACGGCAACCUUGAGCUUCUUGUUGGCGGUUCUUACGACGGAUCGAAAGGCUUCUAUAUUCACCCUACCAUCUACGAAAGCAAGACCCCGGACCACGAGCUCUUCUCGAGAGAGCUUUUCGGGCCCAUCAUGGUUGUCUACGUAUACGAUGACACCGCGGAUCCUGCAAAAGCAUUCCAGGACAUCUGCAAGAAGAUUGACUCCACCACGGAAUACGCUCUAACUGGUGCUGUGUUUGCACAAGACAGGGCUGCAUUGCGAUAUGCUGAGGAUGCGUUGAGGAAUAGCGCUGGCAACUUCUACUUGAAUUGCAAGAGUACAGGUGCUGUGGUUGGGCAACAGCCGUUCGGAGGAGCAAGGGCGAGCGGAACGAAUGACAAAGCUGGCAGUGCGAACUUGUUGGCGCGAUUUGUGAGCAUGCGCAGCAUAAAGGAAGAGUUCAAUGCAACAACUAAAGUGGAGUAUCUCAGCAACGAGGUAUGAGGCUGGAAACGCAUAUGGUUGAAUAGUAGAAUGCCACGGAAAGCAAGCAGGCCAAGCUAGUGGCUGCUCGAUAUUAGCCUUCACGAGUAGGACGGAAUCAUGCUUGUGCACACCGGCCAAUAUGAAAGCGCAGAAGUAGACGCCGGGCGCAUAGCCGAUGACAAAUGUACCAUCAAAUGCAAUUCACACAAGUCUUUGUUUUCACCUGGAA